CACAAAUUAAAACUGGAAUGAAUGUAGUCUUUGGGCUGCAUAGACACCUACCUCUUCCCAAGUUCCCAACCCAAUUUCUUCGCACCCUACAGAAUUGCCGUGAAUCCUCUUUUCGAAGAGCGUAGAGCUGAAGCGCACGCUAUAGAGAAAUGGCUUUCAGGGUAGUCAAUGCAAGGACCUGCUUGGGAAGUGGGUACAUAAUGGGAUUCACGUCCAACGUGCAUAGAUUUGCUCAUGUGAUUGCUCGACCGGCUCAAAUGGAUGGCCUCAUCGGCAACCCGCUGUUCACAUCGCCAACUAUAGCUCUGCCCGAAUCUCAGGAGCGCAGUAAGGGCAGCUCACGGUACGGAUUCCAAGACAUCCCUUUCUUCGAAGGCUCUAUGGAACUAAUGGCCGUUCCCAAAAAGAAGGUUUCUCGUCAUAAGAGAGGCAUACGAAAUGGACCAAAGGCUCUGAAACCUCAACCGGUGAUUAUCUGUUGCAAGGUUUGUGGCCGAGUCAAAUUACCCCAUUUCUUCUGUUGUGGCGGGAUUAGGCAAGACCCAGAACAGUAGAGAAUAUCAUGUCAUAUUUGCUGAGGCAUGGUUGAAGCAUGGAGAACUGAUAAGUAAAUCCGUGUGUUUCCUUUGUCGUCAUCGCAGAGCCUGCACUUUGAACCUUUAACAGCCCAAAUUCCUUAUCUCUUUGUGGAAUAUGUCUAUGUGUCCUACAUAUUCUGCAAUGACUAAAGCAAUGCCAGGCAAGCUGAGCGUUUUUUUUCACUUUAUUCUGUCAAGAUCAUCCACUGGUGUUUGAAUGGUGUGAGUAAUAGAUCCUCAAAGCAUUAAAUUUGUUUAACUUCCAAUGAAAAACAUAAAAUAUGUCCAUUUAAUUGUCUAUCACAUAAAAACAGACUUGUUUUUAGAAUCAUUAUUAUUUUUCAACGGAAAGAGAAAGACCCAACCUUUUUCUGCGCAUUUUUUCUCAAUCUGAUAUGACAAUGUGCUAGCAAUUGUAUAUGUUUCACAUUAAUAGUUGUCUAUAGAUGUGAUCUGUUAAUGGUCCUUUCCCC